CUGGAGGCGCGGACCGGGGCUGAGUGCACAGAUAGGACACUGAAGCAUGCAGAGGACAAGUAAUCGCUAGUGAGUGGAGGAGCCAGGACUCAGAUGCGGAACUGGCUGACUCCCGAGUCCCUUCUGUACUGACUCUCAUGUAAUCCCCUCUACAACUGCUUGAGCUCUGCCCUCUCAGGGUAAAGCCCUUCUAAUGAGGAACCAGGAAGAGGAGGAGGUGAUGGGAGUUGAACUUCUUAAAGCCUCGUCCCUGGAUUCAGUGACUUUCACAGAUGUGGCCAUAGACUUCUCCCAAGACGAAUGGGAAUGGCUGAAUCUUGCUCAAAGGAGUUUGUAUAAGAAAGUGAUGCUAGAGAACUACAGGAACCUGCUUUCAUUGGGUCUUUGCAUUUCUAAACCAGAUGUGAUUGCCUUAUUGGAGCAAGGUAAAGAGCCUUGGAUGAUGAAAGGAGAGAUGACAGGAGGCCUCUGUCCAGACUUGGAAUAUAUUUGGAUGACCAAGGAAUUAUCUCCAAACCAGGGCAUUUAUGAAGAAAAAUUAUCCCAGGCAAUGAUAAUGGAAAGACUUCCAAGCUAUGACCUUGAAUGUUCCACAUUAGGGGUAAACUGGAAAUGUGAAGACCUGUUUACGAGGGAGCUGGUAAGUCAGAAGACACAUUUUAGUCAAGAGACAGUCACUCAUAUAGAUACCCUUAUUGAGAAAAGAGACCGCUUUAACAAAUCUGGGACAGUUUUUCAUCUGAAAAGAUUAUCUUAUCUAAAGCAGGUAUUACCCAUCGAAGAGAGAAUAUAUAAUUUUGACACAGAUAAGAAAAGUUUAAAAACACAUUCAUUUGUUAAAAAACACAAGCAAGUCUAUGGAGAAAAGAAACUUUUGAAAUGUAAUGACUGUGAGAAAACUUUCAGCAAAAUCUCAACCCUUACUCUUCAUCAAAGAAUUCAUACCGGAGAGAAACCCUAUGAAUGUAUUGAAUGUGGGAAAGCCUUUAGUCAGAGUGCCCACCUUGCUCAACAUCAGAGAAUACAUACUGGAGAAAAACCAUUUGAAUGCACUGAAUGUGGGAAAGCCUUCAGUCAGAAUGCUCAUCUUAUUCAACAUCAGAGAGUUCAUACUGGAGAAAAACCUUAUCAAUGUAAGCAGUGUAAUAAAGCCUUCAGCCAGCUUGCACAUCUUGCUCAACAUCAGAGAGUUCAUACUGGAGAGAAACCCUAUGAAUGUAUUGAAUGUGGGAAGGCUUUUAGUGAUUGUUCAUCCCUAGCUCAUCAUCGAAGGAUUCACACUGGAAAAAGACCAUAUGAAUGUAUUGACUGUGGGAAAGCUUUCAGGCAGAAUGCUUCUCUUAUACGCCAUCGGAGGUAUUAUCAUACUGGAGAGAAACCGUUUGAUUGUAUUGAUUGUGGGAAGGCUUUCACUGAUCACAUAGGCCUUAUUCAGCAUAAGAGAAUUCAUACUGGAGAGAGACCUUACAAAUGUAAUGUGUGUGGGAAGGCUUUUAGCCAUGGCUCGUCCCUGACUGUACAUCAGAGAAUUCAUACAGGAGAGAAACCUUAUGAGUGUAGUAUCUGUGAGAAAGCCUUUAGCCAUCGUGGCUCACUUACUCUUCAUCAAAGAGUUCAUACUGGAGAGAAACCCUAUGAAUGUAAAGAAUGUGGGAAAGCGUUUCGGCAGAGCACACACCUUGCUCAUCAUCAGAGAAUUCAUACUGGAGAGAAACCUUAUGAAUGUAAAGAAUGCAGCAAAACUUUCAGCCAAAAUGCACACCUUGCACAACAUCAGAAAAUACACACUGGAGAGAAACCUUAUGAAUGUAAGGAAUGUGGUAAGGCCUUCAGUCAAAUUGCACACCUUGUUCAACACCAGAGAGUUCAUACUGGUGAGAAGCCUUAUGAAUGUAUUGAAUGUGGGAAGGCCUUUAGUGAUGGUUCCUAUCUUGUUCAACAUCAGAGACUCCACACUGGCAAAAGACCAUACGUGUGUCUUGAAUGUGGAAAGGCAUUCAGACAGAGAGCAUCCCUGAUUUGUCACCAGAGAUGUCAUACAGGCGAGAAACCUUUUGAAUGUAAUGUUUGUGGGAAAGCCUUUAGCCAUCGUAAAUCCCUUACUCUACAUCAAAGAAUUCAUACAGGAGAAAAACCUUAUGAGUGUAAGGAAUGUAGCAAAGCCUUCAGCCAGAUUGCCCAUCUUACACUUCAUAAGAGAAUUCAUACUGGAGAAAGGCCCUAUGAAUGUAAGGAAUGUGGGAAAGCCUUCAGGCAGAGUGUACAUCUUGCUCAUCAUCAGCGAAUUCAUACUGGAAAGUCAUCCUCAAUUAUUCCCUCCUCCUCACCCCCAUUCCACCAAGUCCUCUAGAUUCAAUCUUCUGAAUGCCUCUAGGAUCUGUCCACUUUUGUCCAGUGUAUGUCCCAUCAUCAUAGUCCAAGAUGAACCCAUCUCGUUUUUAUUCUUUCCAUAGUGUUAACCAUUAUCCCUCUUGCU